AUGACCCCCACUGGUGUAAUGUUUGUCUUUGGAAAGGUCGGAAUGAGAUUCAUGGAGCACGAUCUCAAGACAGUACGCUGGAUAGAAUGUCUCUGCGGCCCCAAAUUCUUCAAGUAUAUCACCAUCGUCACGUCGAUGUGGGACAGGCUCGUGGAAGAGGAUUUCGAAGAAGAGUGUCGGAAAAUCCCCGAACUAGUUGAUGUGCCAGACAUUACUCGGAUUCUGAACCCACCUGGCCGAUAUGAGGGGGGCGUCAUGUACCAUCACGGCCUACCUAAGGGAAAGAUCGAAGACGUUCAAUACUCGUCCGUGAUGAGUAAGAAGCGACACAGAAAACAGAGGAGUGAUGUAUUGAAAGAUCUGAUUCGUGGCAGAUACGCUAAUUGCAAGCCUAUCAAACUUCAGGUUAUGAGAGAUGAUAUCAAUGUUGUUUCAUGGACAGAUACAGAAGCUGGAAAAGUCCUCGUGGCGCAUCAGUCCGAAAUCGAGAUCAAAAUAUUUAAUGAUCGUGCUAUUGUGUACAAAAAAAACUCCGCCUUGGUUUGGAUGCCAAAAAAAGAGAGAGCAAAGGAGACGUACGAGACAGAGGAGCCACAGCAAAAUAAUGAGGGAAGUUGGCUGAGAAUAGUUUAUCGCUGGUAUGAGGUGAUGAAGAGUGUUUCGUCGUACUUUGACGAGGCUCAAAAAUUGAGAAAUGAGGGCAUCCAACGGCCGCCAGCUUGGAGUCUUUGGGGCUCUCUGAAAAACUGGUUCCGGCGUUGGUUCUCCUAG